AUGACGUUUCAGAGAGGAAUGACUUUCAGUGGAGUCGGAUCCAGUGUCCAGUGGGAAAACUCACGCGUAACACCAAACAUAUACGAUGUGUUCAUUAACCAUCAGGGCGAGGUGAAAGAAAAACUAGUGCGUCCGCUUCAUAAAUCUCUGGAGGAGAAGGGAAUCCCGGUGUUCCUCGACUCAGCAGCAUUGAAAACGGGAGAUCACUUUCCAGCUGCACUGGAACAGGCCAUCAAUUCUUCUGUCGUUCAAAUUGCUAUCUUUUCCGAACAGUAUUGCGGAUCUCAUUGGUGUUUAGAUGAAUUGGUUUUCAUGUUGCAGACUAAGGCAAUGAUUAUUCCAGUGUUCUAUGAUGUGAAGCCCAGUGACCUCCGCUACAUAAAGGGGAAAACAGAAGGAGCGGAGAAGGAAACAGGAGGACAAAAGGAGCCGCGAGUGUAUGAUGAAGCAUUUACCAAACACGAAAAGAGAGAGUCGGACGCAAAAGUUCAGCGCUGGAAAGAGGCACUCGAUCAUGUUUCAAAAAUACAUGGCGAGGAACGUGAUGAUAAUAGCUUGCUUGAAACAAUAGUCUCAGCGGUGGUUAAAGAGGUAGAAAGGAGGAGAAUAACCAAGCUGGAUGGGGCAAAACCUCUGGUAGGAGUUGAUGAUCUUGUAAAAGAUUUUGAAAGGUUUCGCAGUCAGACUAAGAACAGAGUGGACAAAGUUGAGAUAGUUGGCAUCUAUGGUCCUGGGGGAUCAGGGAAAACAACCCUGGCCAGAGAAUUAUACAAUCGCAAGCAAUCCGAAUACGAUGGCUUCUGCUUUCUCCACGAUGUGGCAGAUGGUAAAUUGCCUUUUUACCAAAGUAGGCUCCUCAAAGAUCUAGUUGGUGAGGAUCGUCACGAGUUUUACAGUACAGAUCAAGGAAUGAGCUGUUUAAAAAAUCGUCUUGGAAGGAGCUGUCUUUUACGCUUCCUCCUCGUUCUAGACGAUGUUAGUAACCCAAACCAGUUAGAUGUGCUACUAAUCCGAGAUGCCCUGAGUCCUGCUAGUCUGGUGAUUGUUACAACCAGUGAUGAACGGGUGCUUAAACAGGCCAACAUUCAAAAUCGUUAUAAGGUGAAAGAAAUGACAUACUCCCAGCAGGUAGAGCUUUUCUGUCUGAGCGCUUUCAACAGACCAGAUCCACCGAUGGAAUUCAAAGAUCGGGUGGACAAAUUUGUGAGCUAUUGUGGGGGUUCACCCCUAUUUCUGCAAUUGAUAGUCCGCCUUGUUUCUGGUGGAGAUGGCAAAUAUUGGGAUAUUACGUUGGAUGCUAUAAAAGAUAGCGUCCCUGAAGACCUACACAAGAUACUUAAAAUAAGCUAUGAUAGACUGGGUAAAGAGGAACAGCAGAUUUUCAUCGACAUAGCCUGCUUCUUCAGUGGUAAACCCAGAUGCACGGCUUUAAAAAUAUGGAAAGGCUGUAAAUGGAGAGGUGAAUUUGCACUUGAGAGACUGAAAGAUAAGUGUCUUGUGGAGGAGGUAUGCCUUGAUUGGUAUCAAUAUGAAUCUGAUGACAAGCUUUCAUUGAGAAUGCACGACCGCAUCCGCGAUUUUGGAAGACAAUUGGCCAAGGAAUUGACCCAUCCUGGUCGCCUCUGGCUCCCCGAACACCAUACAUCUCAGAAAUUCCAGGAAAUCCUCAGCAGAAGUUCCAGGUCUUUUCAUUCAAUUUACGACAGGUCCAUGGGUUCUCAAAUCACGUAUUUCUUAGGAAAUACUGAUUACACAUCAGAAUCUGUCCUCCUAUGGCUUGAGCUCGACCUGGAUGGUUUUGAACAGACAAGACUACCUACAUGGAUUUCUCUGAAAAAAUUGCAGUGUUUAAGAAUUUCCUUUUCACAGCUCGAAAGAUUGUGGCUGAACCGUGAAGAGGCCCCUCUACAGUUGACAGAGCUGGUGCUUCAUGAAAGUUCAUUGGCAGAGUGUACGAACAGAUUAGGUGAUUUGAAUCAUUUAGAAAAACUAGUAUUGAUAGGAAGAAAUGAGGAAAGGCCAAUUGAAGCGGAAUUCUUGUCAGAAUGCCUCAAUAAACUCACCAAACUCAGAAGCCUGGUUUUGAGGUAUUUUGCCUUAAAUGGAGAUUUGGCUUUGAACAUGGGCAACGGCAUGAGUAGCCUUGAAACCAUGGAGGUUCGUGGCAUAAAACUGGUAUCCAAAGUCUCAAUUAGUGGAAAGCAUUGUCCCAAACUUAAAUACCUUUGCCUUGACUCCAUGGACAAUCUAAUUGAAGUUGAUCUGUCACUCACAAUACUGAAUUUCCUGGAGUUGAGACGCUGUAAGAAUUUGAAAAGGGUAUUAGGGAACUUUGGUCUGCCAGAGCUUGUAAUGCUGAAUGUACUAGAAUGCUGGGAGCUUCAAGAGUUCCCAAGCCUUGCGUCCCUGAGUUGCGUUGAGAGUAUUAGCAUUGAUGGAUGUAGGAAGCUGGAGAACGUAUCAGGUAUUGGAGAUUUGCAACGACUGAAAUAUUUACAUCUUUCAGCAUUUGGAGAAGGCGCCUUAAGGAAUUGCAUCCACAGGUUACAGAGACUGCCGAAAGAGAUGAUCAGUGUAAUUGGUAAAGCAAAUCUUAAAGCCAAGUUGGCUGUACAUGCAGAUCAGUUUUUUUCAUUGAUUGAAGUUAGCGAGAAUCCAGGGAUUCGUAUAAAUAAAAAUAUCAUGAUGCUGGAGGAUCCAGCUGUUCCCUUUAGUGCUAUCAUACUAUGUGCUGUGGUUCGAGCCCCUUACGGAGAGGAAAGUAAUACCAUAAGCAUUCCUCAUGCUUCUGCUGUUAUAAAGAGCUCUGUUGGAGGAGGAGAAUGGAUGGUCACCGUUGUAGUUACCGGCCAGACGAAGUUGAGAUAUGGAGAAUUUCCGAUUGUCGCACUAGGUACUAUAGUAAAGAAGCGGUGGAUAAUGACUCUGAAAGUCGGUGCGGAGGGCAGAACUCUAGGCUUGCUCCAAAGAAUAAUCGAUGAAUUUUAUGGGAGUGUAAACUAA